UCUUUGUCUACGUUUAGCUUAGAGAGGGACAUACAUACCCUGGAAAGUGUGGGUGAGACAUACAUAGCCCUGUUGGACCAGAUGGCCCUUCUUCAGGCCAACAAGGAUCUCAUUUCCAAAGGAAUGAAGGAAUUUAAUGCUCUGCUGAAUCAGCAGGUCUUCCCUAAUCCUUCUAUCCCUGAAGAAGCCAUGGUGACUAUAGUGGAUGACUGGGUGAACUUCUACAUCAACUAUUACAGGAAGCAGGUGAUGGGGGAGCAGCAAGAGCAGGAGAGAGCUCUACAGGAACUUCGGCAAGAGCUAAAUAUUCUGUCUGCCCCUUUCCUGGCCAAAUAUAGGGCCUUCCUGAAGUCCUUGUGAGCAUCUGAAUCACCCACUGUCUUCUCCGUAGCCCAGAAACCCAGGCCUGCAUCCUUAAGAAACUCAGAUCCUGCCUCUGUAUUCUUCAAGUGCUCAGGCUCUACCCUGACACUUAAAUAAAGACCAAUUUUGGUUUGCUGGU